AUGGCCGCCUCAUAUGCUUAUAUCACGGACGAGGAUGGUGAACUAGUGCUAAACGGCGGAACCUAUUACAUCAUCCCACAGAGAACCGCCAAUGGAGGAGGCCUCACCGUGGCACAAAAACAACAAACCUCGGCGUGCCCUCUCUUUAUAGCCCAAGAGAAAGAUGGUUCAUCUAAUGGCCACCCUUUCAAAAUCACUUCUCCAAUAAGCUCAAAGUACCUUCCAUUUGGUCCAACUGAAUUCUACAUAGUCGACGACACUACCACCUGCACGAAACCACUAUCGUGGCGAUUUACCAGGGAUAAUGCAACCGGCCACAUCUAUGUGGCUGCAGGUACUACUCAGUCGCUCGGGCCUAGUCCAUUCGGUAUUCUAUCACCAUUUAGUGAUGCCCAACCAGAUGAAUAUGAGAUAUUCUAUUGUGACAACGUCCUAUGCGAAGGUUCUGGAUUCUAUGAGAAUGGACUUUUGGGCUUGAAUAAUGAUCAUGUUCGGUUUCGUUUCAGAAAAGCUUUUACCCAAACUUCUCAGAUUAUGUAA